AUGGUCAAGAUCGCUAUCGCCGGUGGAGCUGGCAAUGUCGGCCUGGAGAUCAUCGACGCUCUGGUUGCCAGAAACAAGCACGAGAUCAUUAUUCUCUCACGAAAGGAUGCUCCCGCUACUCAACUCGCCUCGGGAGUGACAUGGGCCAAGACAAGCUACGAAGAUGUCGACCAGCUGGCCGGAGUCCUGCAGGGCGUUCACACCGUGCUCUCCUUCAUCGCCAACUCGCAGGACCCCAACGCUACGGCGCAAAAGAAGUUGAUCGAUGCCUCGGUCAAGGCUGGUGUGAAGCGAUUUGCCCCCAGCGAGUGGGCUACGUCCGGACUCAAGCACGCCUUUUGGUAUGCCUUUAAGGAGGAGACGCGCAGGUAUCUCGCAGAGCUGAACAAGGACAAGAAGGUCCUCGAAUACUGUCUCUUUCAGCCGGGCAUCUUCACAAACUACAUGACAUUCCCCUACAACUCAUCCAAGCAUGUAGAUCUAUUUGAAGUCCCAAUCAACUUCAACCAGCGCCGAGCUAUCGUCGUUGAAGGCGGUGAAGACGAUCUCAUCACCGUCACCACUGCUCAGGAUUUGGCCAAGGUCGUGGCUUUGGCUGUUGAGUACGAAGGAGAGUGGCCUCUUGUCGGUGGCAUUCAAGGCGCAAACAUCACCGUGAGCGAGCUCAUCAAGCUCGGAGAGAAGAUUCGAGGUGCGCCAUUCAAGGUGGAGAAGCUCAAAGAGGAAGAUCUCAAGGCCGGUGUCAUCAAGUCAUCGUGGAUGCCCAUCGUUACCCAUCCUGAUGUCCCUGUCGAGUCCCGCGAGGCCUUGGCCGGAAGCCUCCUCGCUGGUAUCCUGCUCGGUGGCUUUCAUGCUGGAAACUUUUUGGUCUCUGAUGAGUGGAACAAACUCCUCCCGGACUACAAGUUCACUCAGCCUGAGGAGUUCUUGACUGAGGCUUGGAAGGCGAUUGAGGCUGGCGCCAAGACUGUUUUCACUGAUUAUUAG